UUCUCAGUGGCAAUGGAGGCGGACGAUGAAAACGUCGAUACAAAACUUGCGCCAUGCAGCGAAUCAUCGCUUGAAGACCCAUACAAAGCUCAUAUCAUUUACAGCCAGGAAGAUGUCGCCUUCUCAAACGAAUCAGAUCUCGACUGUUCAGAACAAUCCACAGACGAUUAUUUGGAAGUUAUGGAAGCAGUCCGACUUCCGGUUCUGUCAGUGUCCCAGCGCUUUGGUCAUUUGAUCACGGGUCAACUCUCAAAGCUCAAACAGGUUGAAGAGUUCAGUUUCCCGGCACAUAAAGUGUUGAAAGACGACGAAACACAGACAGAAUCGGUGACACAAACGACAGCUUCAACAAACAGCGAAAACUGUGUCGUCGACCUGGCAAACUUUCUGCAAAUGCAAUCGACUAUCCGGACAUUUGCCGAAAUUCUUAUAACGGUAGUGAGAUUAUCUAAGAUUGUGUCACCAGGGAGUGACAACACAGGAGAAACAGAAAGGAACAUGGUAUUGCUGAAAGGCGUUCGCGCCAAAUUCAGUCUAUUGGAGAAGGAAAUCAGUGAAAAUUUUCGAUGUGAUGUGAACAAUACAACAAAAUGGAGAGAAUUCAACUCCACGGAUGAUCUACCGAGCAAGGAUCAAAAGGCACAACUCGACUCAGUGGAAGGUGACGCCAGUUCCACACCGACAGCCGCCCAACUUAGGCAAAAACCCAGUCCUGUUGCCUCGUUGUGUCGACUUUCAGAGCUAUUUCAGCAGGCCAGGGGCUCGGAAGGGUUGUCCGGGGAGACGGAGCUGAGAGAAAGACAGGAAAUAUUGGCCAGCGAUAUGAUGAAUAUUUUGUCUAUUGUUCGAGAAAUGAUCGAUGACAUCACUCGUCAGAUUAAUUCCACUACAGAAAGCGAACGUAAAACAAAAGAUAUCGGGUUAAAUACCGAAACUGAUCAGUCGUCUGUCUCUGACGUAAUCACAGAUGACGCGAACGACGCCGAAACAGACGGUUCCUGUUCAGAAAAUGACGUUGACAGUCGCCAUGCCGACACGCCACUGAGUAUUUUAUCAAGCAAUGAAGACUCAAAAAUAUCUAUGGACGACCUAGCCUUGUUUUUUCUCGGCCCUUUCUCAUUUUGCGAGUGAAUCCGGACUCAGUAUUGAAACCCCCAGCGAGUCACG